GAAACAAAACAAAUCGACAUAGAAAAAUAAUAAGAAAGACAUGUUGAUGAACAAUAGUAAGUUGAAAGCAGUAUCAUCAAACUCUACGAGAUGUACAUCAUCAAAAUAUGCGAAAGUACCUCUCUGGGUUGCAUUAAGCAAAGGAAAAUUUCUAAAAAAUGAGUUCACAGUUGAAUCUGAUUUAAAAGAACAUGGAAUGGGACUCGAUAUUCGAGACACCAACGUUGCAAAGGAACCGCCACCUUCGCUCUGUAUACUGUUGGUGACAAUAUUUUAUGGGAAAUUAUUGGCGAACCGAUGGAAUCAGGUAAACAGGGAACACAAAGAGCACAUGAAUCAAGAAACAAAGUUGACCAAAGUCGUUUUUAUGUUGAUAGCACUUCUGGUGAUUACAACCGUUCCAACAAUUGUUCACUAUCAGGUAAUAUAUGGACUGGCACUUUUUUGCGGAGUUGACUGCAUUCAUGAGAAUUUUUUCUUGGUUCCUGUGUGCCUGACAUCGUUAUUCUCGGCUAACUUUGCUAUCAAUCCUAUCGUAUAUGCUUGGCGUCUUCCAAAGUAUCGACGGUCAUUUCUCGCACUUUGGAAAAGCAUUUUUCUUUGCCAGAACUUACAAGCAAAAAUUUGAUGGAACCGUCACAUACCAUCGAGAUGAAGCUACCAGUUUGGAAAUUACAGCCACCCCGACAACCAAUGGAUCAUACACGUUAUUGUAAAGCAGUCGCUCGCAUUUAAGGAAAGUGUGAAAUUACAAGAUGAAAAGUAUAGAGUUUUUAAAGACAUGGAAGUACCUAACAUAGCAGGAGAAAGUCUUUGACAUUAAAAUAUG